AAUGAAAAACUUUUGAAACCAUGAGGACUUACACUGUUCUUAUAAUAACCAGCUGUGGUGGUGGCUCUUGAAUUUGAAGUCGCCAACGUUCGCUUAUUUCUACAUCCACGCAAAAUGAAAGCAAUAAACUUCUCAGCAGUUGUCCUGAUUGGUGGAACUUCAGCUCGAGCGCUUGCCAGAGAUUCCAUCUGCUCCGCCCAGUCGGCUACGGAGUUUGCAAUCACAUACGGCGAGCCUUUAGCUUCUUACGUACAAGCAUGCGCAGGCCCUCCGAACGGCCCCCCUAUAAAUCAAUUAUAUAAGAAUACAGCGUUGGCAACGCCUCAACAGACGGCCAUAGUGAGCCCAAAUGUAGACACCCUGUACAUGAAUCAGUGCUACGAUAUAUCGCGGAGAGAUAUAGCGAUCACGAUACCAGAGGUAGAUUCCAACAGAUACUAUGGUGUCUCCUUCUAUACCCCUGAGGGAGACAACUAUCUUAACCUUGGUACACUUGCACAUACCAAGGCAGGGAAAUACCUCCUUACGCCUGCCGUUUCUUCGACCACUGCUGGAGAAAUAGUGGCAGAACCUAACUCGACAUAUCAAGGGACAAUCUAUGCGCCCAGGACGCUCGGAUACCUUCUUAUCAGGAUUGUACUAAAGGACCAGGACGGCGACGUAAAAGCAGUGAACAAAAUCCAACAAGGGUUCAGUACGAAUACUAUCGAACGAUGUGGGAAGCCGAUCGGCCCCGAGUUAAACAGCGGUUUGUUUGCGAACAUAUCGCAUUCGAAGGUUGAGAAUCUUCUUGGACUUAUCGCACGCUUUCAUGAGACGGUGCCUCUGACCAACGACAAACCUUUACUGCCUACGAAAACUACAUCGGAACUUUUACUUGCGGGCAUUGGUAGGAACGGGUCUUACCAACGCCCUAGUUGCGUCAACCUAGCGGAGGCUUAUAAGGCAGCUAACAGUUCGAUCGGCAAUUACACGCGUUCGCUGGAGUUUGUCAAGAAGCUGAGCAACGGAUGGGUGAUGCCUCGCCCCUCUCUCAUCGGGACGUACGGCGACAAUUAUAAAGCGCGAGUUGCCGUUGCCCGCUUCGGAUACCUUGCCUUGACAAACGACCAAGCUCUCUAUCCGGUCUACCUCGGAGAGUUCGCACUUGGAACUAACGAGUCCUAUACACUGCGAUUCGCAAAAAAACCGCCGGUAACUGACGUUGGCUUCUGGAGCGUCACGCUGUAUAAUUUGCAGAAAGAACUGGUCUCGAACUCGAUCAACCGUUACUCCCUAGGCGACCGUAGUAACCUUACUUUCUCCGACGGGACUCCUGUGUACGGCACGAGCGCUGAUGUACCCUUCGAUAUCCUCGUACAGGCGUCUGAACCACCUGCAAAUUGGACAUCGAACUGGCUCCCGUCGCCAAACACUCCAGGUUCUUUCAAUAUGAUUCGUAAGCCGCGAGCCCUUACGAGAUAAUUAGCAAGGCUUGCACUGGGUGCUAACCGCUUUAUAGUACGUUUCUAUGCACCGAGCGACGGUCUAAGUAAUGGCUCGUACACAUAUCCACAAGUUAUCAAAGGUCCAGCGCAUCUAGGUUAAAUACCUGGUUAGGUCAAGUACCUAAUCUAAACGUCGGUCAAAUGCUCGAGCCCGUUCCAACGAUACCGUAGAAGGGGAGGAUUUGGAGAAUCAGAGCGGACGCCAUUGCCCAACUCAUCAACAUGGUAAUCAAUAGGAUGCAGAGUUUCGUCUUGGUCCUUAUCGAAGGUUAGAUUCAUGUUACGAUUGGUCGCCCCUUCAGGUGUUAGGGUAGGUGUACCAUGCACGGGAUUGGGCUUGGGUAUUGUGGGAUGAGUGUACUGUCAGGUAUAUAAAAAAGAAAAAGAUGCUUAUUUUUUUUAUUUAUUUUUUUCUUUACAAACGACAUUCACUCAUGCUCGAGAGAGAGCAAGGGAGCCACGUGGCUCAUGAGUGGGUGGCACAUUCAUAAGUAUCCUCGUAAAGACUUGCCAAUCAUAUUACGCUAAAUCCUAGAAAAGGCAACUGUACCAGGUACCUAAGAUACGCGGUUCUGAGCUUCACUCAGAGGGUUUGGUCAACAUGAUCCUAUAAGAACUAGAUAAAAUAUAGGUUCGUCAAUUUCAAA